AUGUCCCCCGUUCACCAUAAUCACAUGCACUUCAAUCACUACCUCCAGGGGUUCCAACUUCCGGCGUUUCAGGGCGGCUCCUGGACGGUUCCGUCGGCGGUUCCUGCGCUGUCGCCCCUGCCGCCGCGCCACGAGGGCGCUGACUCAGCAUCAGCCGACUCCGUCGCGAAGGCGGAAAUGGCACGUGUCGAUUCGUCGACGCACAUUAACAGCCUCGUAGCGCAGUACUCGUUCGCGCAAGCUGGUGCAGCCGCCGCCGCCGCUUGCGCCAGUCACCCCGUUUCUCCCUCCCAGCUCGUCUCGCCGCGUACGGGCUGGCCGCACUUUGCGGCGUGUGCCCCGUUCGUGGGGCCUGUGGGACCCGUGUCAUAUGCACCUGGUUUUGUCACGAUUCGAUCCCCAAAACCGGCUGAAGGAAGCGCCUCGGCGGGCGGAAGCCCUUCGCCGUCGAGUCAUUUGCCGUCUUUGCUCGAGUCGCCGUUGCAAAGCGAGGUUCUGCCGGCCGAGUCCGACGGCGAGAGCUUCUGCAAGCUCGAGUUGCGGACGGAGCAAGUGGAUGGGGAGGCAGAGACUGAACCUGACGAAUCCCGAAAGCUUCUUUUCCCCUCAGAGCAUGCAGCAGUGGACGGCGGGGCGGAAGGGGCGGAGAAGGCGGAGCAGGAUUUGCGCGUGACUAAGGGGACUCGGCGCGCCAUGCAGCUGUGGCUGGAGGGCGGAGCGGAGGGGGACGUUCAGGGCAUGGGCCCGUUUGACUGGCUGGAUGAGCCCUCAGGCGCGGAAGAUGCAACGGGGCUUCCGCACUGGGUGCUGGCGGAGCUGGGGGAAGGGGGGGCGGGGAAGAAAUCGGGGGAGGCGGUGGAGGAGGAGGUUAUCCGUGUGCUGUUCCGUGCUGAUUCUAUGGAGAGUGCCACAGGCGAGUACGUCAACAGCGCCACAACAACUCUAAAGAACGAGCAGCAUGUUACGACUCCUCUGCAUGAGAUCCCUUUACAAGCACACGAGGCUAAGGAAGAGCAGUAUGAGGAUGAAUCUACCCCCACGGGUACCAACAAGGCUGUAACUGAUACGCCUGCAGGAGAGGAGCAGGGAUCAAAUCCUGUCUCCGACGCAGGCAGUGCAGAUUUUGGGAUUACGAGCAUUGGAGAUUUGGUGUCGACUGGGCUUGUUGACAAGCCAAGUGCGCAGGUUCUAGAGGACAGCAGCACUGAUGAUAUUUGGCACGAUGUGAGUGCGUUGUCUGAUUUUUUGGCUGCUUCCAGCAGCCCCAUUGUGGAUAGUGAGCUCUGCCUGGAGCUUCAGGAUGUGCUGAGGCAGGAGCACGUUGAGUACGUGGUCGCACCCUACGAAGCUGAUGCACAGAUGGCGUAUAUGUGCGCCACCGGCCUCGUGCACGCAGUCAUCACAGAGGACUCCGACCUCAUCCCCUACUCCUGCCCGCGCGUCCUCUUCAAAAUGGACAACGGGGGAAACGGCGACGAGAUCAUAUACGCCAACGUAUGCCAGUCCCAAGAGCUCGCUCUCGCGGAUUUCACCCCACAGAUGGUCCUCGAGAUGUGCAUCCUCAGCGGCUGCGACUAUCUCGACAGCCUGCCGAAAAUCGGCCUGAAAACAGCCCACGACUGGAUCAGAAGGCACCGGAACUAUCGCUCUGCGCUGGCUGCAAUGAAGCUGAAUGGGAGGGUGGUGCCGGUGGAGUAUGAGGCGGCGUUUGAGCAGGCGCUGCUGACGUUCCUGCACCACCGCGUGUACCAUCUGGCUGAUGAGCUCAUGACUCAUGUCAACCCGCUGCCGGCCUCGCUUGGACCGGACGUGGAUCUGUCAUUCUCCUUGACUGCCUACUUUCACUCUCUCCUGUGCUUCCUUUUCUUCCCCUCUUCUCCCUAUUUCUUUCACUUCUCGUUCCUCCCUUCAUCCACUGCCUUCCACUUUUCGCCUGGCAGUGGUGGGCCGGGGAGAUCGCCACUGCAGCUGCCAGUGCAGAAGAACAAGCUGUCGAAAUACUUUCUCCCCACUGCUCCGGCUGCUAAGAAGCAGUUCCAGCCAUCGCAAAGGUCGCCUGUAACGCCCCCGGUCAAGUCAGCCUUCGAGCCAUCCCGUCCCGAAGCUGCUGCCGAGCCUGGCCCUGCUGGCUCUGCAAAUCAGCCACGUGGCAACAGCAGCGGAAGGGGCGGGCGGUCUGUGAGGACGUCAGCAGUUGCUGAAGGGUCAGCAGGGCCCACGGCAGGUGAAGGCCUGGCGGUAGAAGGAGAGGGCUGUGGUGAGCCGAUGGUGGGGGAAGACUUGGUGCAGUUUAUGGCAGGGACGGUUCUUGAGGAGCAGCAGCAGCAGCAGCAGCAGCAGCCGGUUGCAGCUGGGCCAAGAGCAGCUGUUGCGCGUGUGUUCCAACGAUUCACUCCGCCCCGCUCCAUUGCCGAAGCUGGGACCACUCCCGAGCCACCAUUUCAGCGUCGGCAACUGUACAGGCGAGCAGCACUACCACGUGUCUCUGGAGAUAGGCAGGAGAGUACGCCAACUGAGUGGGACCAGUUUGUAUUUCGGGGUAAUGAAGGAGCCCAAGGAGAGGAGAGAGCAGCGGAUGGAGGCGAGCGAUUGGAGAGUGUGCUGGGAAGGAACCGGGAUUUGGAUGGGGAGCGGGCUGUAAGCGCAGAUCUGGAUGCGGAUUUGGAUGAGCUGCUGCUGCCGCCUGCCUUUGACCUCGUGAGUGACGUGCCGGGAAGCCACGAGAUAAGGCAAGCAGGACGAAGUGCAGGAGGGUGGAGGGCGGGCGGAUGGAUGGGCAUGCGAGGGGCAGCAGGCGGAGCAAGGGGAGGAGGAGGGAGAGGAAGAGGAAGAGGCCGGGUCAUUGGAGUGGGAGUGGGCGGGGCCGGCAGCAGCAGGCAGCAGGCAGAGACGGUGUUUGACAGCCCGAAGGGGAUGCUGGGGAGCGUGCGAGAGGUGCAAGGGAGGGGAGUUCGGGGAAGAAUGGGGGCGGCGCAUGUGGUGGUGCGGCAGGAGAUGUCCUGCUCUACUUGCGUGGUCGACAUUGAUCCAUUUGCCGACCCAUGGCCCGUGGGUCACAGCAGUGACCCCCUCCUCCCCCGCGUCCUUCCAUCCAUCAGCCCCUUCGGCUCUGCCAGACCUUUUUCUGUGAGAGAAAUGCAAGGAGAGGCGGAGGCGGAGGCGAAGGAGGAGGAGGCGGGGCAGCAGCAGGAACAGGAGAGGGAGGAGGAGAGUCCGUUUUUCAGGCCUGCCAGAAGCUCUUUCCCUUUUGCGCCUUCUCCUCCGCUGCCUCCCUCUCACUGCAGUGCCUCUGCUUCUCUACAUCGCCGCCCACCUCCUUCUCCUCUUCCUCGUCUUCAUCCUCGUCGUGCAACCACGGGUUUAUUCACUCCCACAACUCUAGCUUCCCCAGCCUUAGCUGCUGCGGCAAAUCCGUUUGCUUCACACGUUCACCGCAGCCGCAUGUCUGGUGCAACUGCUGAUGGUGGUGUUAGCACCACUGCCACCCCCGCUGCCGCCGUCCCUGCGGUCACUGCUCCUGGUGGUUCUGCAGAAGUGGAAAAUGGGUCGUUCUGGCAUGAUCGGGGCGCCGGUGCGAUGGAUGGAGUAGAUGCACUAGGUGCUGAUUAUGCAGUAGACCAGGAAGAAAGGAGCUAUGAGAGGGAAUGUGGAGACGACGGGUCUGAUGGGUCCAAUGGGGCAGGUGGUGGGUCAGACAGGGCCGCUCCACAUGGAAGGGCUGGUUCUGCAGGGCAGGCAGAGGGUAUGGAGCAGGAUGCGGGGCUUGGAAGGGCAGGAUUCAUUGCACCUGGACAGCAGGGUCUUGUGUAUAGGAUGCCGGUAGCUGGUGUGCCUUCUGGUAGGGGUUUGAGUGCUUGUGCUGCAGGGGCGGGAAGAGCAGCGGGAGGUGGCAGAGGGAGGGGGGUGGGUGGCGUUACCGGCACAGUGCGAGGGGAUCGCAAGAGGAGUUUGGCUCGGGGGAGCGCGUUCUUUAGAGGGAAUGCCGCCGAGGCUUGUGAAGAUCGUGAUGCUGAGGAUGCGAGGAAUGCUGAGGGAUCUGAGGAUGAUGGUGGAGGCGAUGGGGAUGGAGAAGGGGAGCCUUGUGGUGGUGGUGUAGGUAGAAACGCGUCGGGUGAUGUAGGGGAUGGGGUUGCGGAGGAUAUGCACAUGAGGAGCAGGAGUAGCAGCAUGAGUGGACAGUCUUUCGCUACUGAUGUUUCGCAUGUGUUACGGUACUCAGCGGUGGGGAAGGAUGCGAUGGGCAAGGUGGCUGCGAAACUGGCCAGCUUCAGGCACACUCCAGCGGAGAACAAGCCGAGAGGGAGGAUGGGGCGCCGAUUAGGAGGCUCGAAAAGACAACGCUCAAGCGAACUCGCCUCUCCCCUCCCCCUCCCCCCUGCCGAAACGCCCCAUACCCUCAAAGCUGACGUGGCACCCACACCCGGACCGGUGAACAACCGCAUUGGCUGUCUCUACCGCCACCUCAUCCUCGCAGCUCUCCUCAAUCGCACACUCCUCGUCCCGGCCCGCCUCCCCUCCCUCACCCCCCUGCUCUGCCAACGCGGCGCUUCCGGCCGCGCAUGCCCCUCCUACCCCCUCCCCUUGUUCUGGGACCUGAAUCACACGCGCCGCUGCCUGGGUGCGUCCUCCGUGAUCAGAUCCGACGAGUUUGCCGCCCGGUUCGGCCGCCCGGUGGAGGUCAACCACAUGCGGUGCUGGCACGGGCCGGAGGGGCUGUGCCGCCCGACGUAUUCCAUAGUGAAGAAGAACUGUCUGGUGGGCACGGCGCUGAGCUACGUUGCUGAGAAGCUGCGGAAGAAGUUUGGCGGGCGGAGGGUGGCGAGCGACGUUGUGCAUGCAAUGCUGCUCAACGGGUCUUCUCUGCAGCCAUUCAACGGGCCCGGGCUGUCGCUGCAGUCGCAGAGUGGUGUGUAUGCGGCUGAUGUGCCUUCAGAAGACACGGAGCCAGGCGCUGUCUCCAUCCCGCCCUCCGCCACGGCCUCUGCGCUCUGCCUCCCGCGCUUUGUCCACGUCACCGACGUGCUCCGCGCGUACGGCCCCCUGGGGGAAUCAGUGCGAGUGCUGGCUGUGGGGGAUCUGGUGGGCACGGCUGUGCUGGGCCUGCCUCACCGGUAUGCGCUGCUGCAGCAGACGGCGCGGAGGUGGGAGGAGAGCGGGGGGAAGCGGCAGGGCAGGGCGGGGAAAACGGAGGGCAGGGGAGUGGCUGGGGGUGAGGAGCAAGUAGAAGAGAAGGGGUUUAAAGUUCAAGGCUCAUUUGCGGAUCGAAGCAGAGAUGGAUCAUCUGACCCAUCAUCUGACUCAGGGUAUUCCCAAGGGAGGAAUCUUUGGCUGGAUAAGGAUUUCGUCCGCCCGCCCGGAGGCCGGUGGCUGGGGAGUUCGGGCAGCGGCGGGCUCCGGGAUUGGUUGAGUAUUUUUCAGUUCCUGCCCGGCUGCCGGAACACAGCGGCCAUCAUCCCGCCCCCCCUGGUCUUCCAGCGAGCGCAAGCCAUCAUCCGAUCCCUGUUUGGGACGGAAACGGUGAACGUUGGUGCUGCAACUGGUAUGGCCGAUUCCGCGGAAUCGGGGACAGGUCAUUCUGGUAGUGACGGCUCAGCAGUGGAGGUUGGAGCAGGGGAGGGUGAAGCAGCGGAAACCGGAGCAUCAAUUGAUGCUGACCUGCCUGCCCCAGCGGGUCUGCCGGCGUUUCUGGCGGUGCACUGGCGGCGGGGCGACUUCCUGCAGUUCUGCGCGCGGUCCGGGCCGCCCGGCUUCUGCUUCUACUCGCCCGUGCAGGCCGCACAGUGCGCUGCUGACGUGGCGCGCCGCAACGGGCUCGCGAAUGUUUACGUGGCGACCGAUGCUGAUGACAAAGAGUUCCAAGAGUUUAAAGAGACAUUGGGUCCAGAAUUCACUGUGGAGAGGCUUCCCUCUUCCCCAUCCCCUCUAUUGCCGGAUCCGCAUCAAGACCCUCUUUUGGGGCUUAGGCAAGGGGCUUUCCUCAACGAUGCGGCUAGCCUGCUGUACACCAUUUUAGACAAGGUUAUCUGCGUCUAUUCUACUGUGUUUUUAGCCACACCGUCGUCUACACUCUCAAAUGAUGUUGCUCGUAUUAGGGAGGGGCUUGGCGUUCCUGCUGCAGUGGCUGCUGCUGCAGCUGUUGGAGCGGAGGAGGAAGCAGUGGGGGAGAGUGCGGAGGUGAGAACAGGAGUUGAUUUUGGCGAGAGCACUGGAGUGGAGGAGGGGAGGGACGGUGCCCUGUUCCUGCUCGCCGUGUGCCUGCGAGGUCAGGUGAGACGUGGGUGGGAUGGCGGUCGGGAUAGAAUAGAAGCAGGUGGAAUGGUUGGGUAUCAGCAGGUGGGAUGGCGGUCGCAUGAGACACAGGUGGGGUUGUUGUCAGGUGGAGCCUCCACUGCUCUCUGUCCCUCCUUUCGACCCGCAUCCUGCGCUACCCCAACCCACCUCCUCCCAUCCACUCCCGCUUUCCGGCCUUUCGACCCCACUCCUCUCCUCUCCUCACUCAUGCUUCAUCAGGUGAACAACCGCAUUGGCUGUCUCUACCGCCACCUCAUCCUGGCAGCACUCCUCAACCGCACGCUCCUCGUCCCCCCCGUGCUGCUCUCCCCCUCCCUCGCCUACUGCAAGCACGGCCUCUCCGGCUCCCCCUGCCCCUCCGUCCCGCUCCCCCUCAUCUGGGAUCUCGGCCACACGCGCACGUGUCUGGGCGGCGACACUGUCCUGCGCACAGACGAGUUUGCCGCCCGGUUCGGCCGCCCGCUGGAGGUGCAUCACAUGCGGUGCUGGCACGGGCCGGAGGCGACGUGUCCAAUGAGCAAUCCUGGGCUGCUGAAGAAUUGCCUGGUGAAUGACACGACGCAGGGGGGUGGUGGGAGAAGGAGGCUGGGGAGAGUGUCUGGGAUGAGAAAGCUGUCCCGAGCGGGAGUGGGAAUGGGAGCGGCGGCUGCUGAUGCUGUGAGAGGGUGGUUCGGAGAGAGUACGAUGGCGUGGGUGAGAGGGAGCAGGAGAAGAAAGCUGCAGCAGCAGCCGACCCUGCAAGGCACUUCCUCCCCCAACCGCUCCCCACCGCUCUACACAGUCCAGUCCUUCGCCGAGUCGCCCCUCCAAACAUCCGCGGCCCACCUGCACCUGCUGCCCCACCAGCUCUCCCCAGACGUGCACGUCAGCGCCAACGCCACGGCGUCAGCAGUCUGCUUCCCCCGCUUCGUCCACGUACGGGAUGUCCUCCGCGCCUAUGCGCCUCUCUCCUCCUCUGUCCCUGUGCUCGCCGUGGGGGACCUCGUUUUCACCGCCUUUCUCGGCCUCUCCGAGAGGUACGAGCCCUUCAAGGAGCGUCUGUUUCGGUACAAACGGUGGCGCGAGCGCGAGGAAGCUUCACAGGAAAGGGAGGGCACCUCGACAAGCAAUUUUGAUGGCAUGCUGGCGAGCAGCAGCAGCCAGGUGAUUCUGGAGUCGGACUUCCUUGGGCCAGCAGGGGGGCGGUGGCUUGGGAGUGCAGGGAGGGGCGGUCUGAGGGAGUGGAGGAGCAUGUUCCACUUCCUGCCGGGCUGCCCGGUUUCCGUGCCUAUUCUGCCCCCCAAGGAGGUUAUUGAGGAUGGUAGGCGGCUCACACAAGCCCUGUUUGAUGGUGGGAAGAGUGGUGCCGGAGGAUCAGAGGGCGGUGGAGAGGGGUAUGUGGCGGUGCACUGGCGACGCAGCGACUUCAAGGACUACUGUGUGUGGUCGGGGCCGUCUGGGUUCUGCUUCUACUCCGCGGGACAGGCUGGCAAGUGCGCUGCUGACGUGGCACGACGCAACGGGCUGAGGAGUAUUUAUGUUGCUUCUGACGCCAACGUGGAGCAGUUUGAAGAGUUUCAGAAGGCAGCAGGCUCUGCCUUCAAAGUCAUUCGCUACCCCGACAACCCAUCAGCCUUCCUCACAAACCUCACCUCGGAACACCUCAUUUCCAACCUCCCUGCUUCUAUAGACCGAGAAGAAGCUUCCCUGCUCCUGCACAUGCUCCUUGACAAGCUCAUCUGUGUACGCUCUACAGUGUUCCUCGCUACCAUGUCUUCAACUCUAUCCAACGACGUCGCUAGAAUGCGUGAGGGGUUUGGCGUGCCAGCAGCUUUAGCAGCUGCUGCUGAUCCUGGUGCAGGCAUUGCUGGGAAAAUGGCUGCAACCAAUGAUGCACCGGGUGACGUUGGUUUGGAAUUUGUGGUGAGCUUGGGUAUAGAGGAACGGAGAGAUGGUGGGCUGUGUGAAGGGGAGAAAGUAUGGCAACCCCUUCAAGGGUUGUUUGGGUGGAUGAAGGACAUGAAAGCCAAGAGAAUGGUCGAGCAUGCAGCAGGAGAGUGGCGGAGAUGA